AUAUCACGAAUGGUUUGCCCUAUAUUAUUAUAUUCCGUUGAGCUGUACGCUCAGAUCUGAUCUCUACACCGGAUAGUAUGGCAAGAGCGACGGCGGAGCUGAUCCUAAUCCCUUCUCCGGCGAUGGGCCAUGUUGCCGGGAUGCUGGAGUUCGCUAAGCUCCUCAUAAAACGAUCUGAACAGCUCUAUAUAACCGUCGUUAUCAUCAAGCUCCCUGAUUAUAUCGAUUCCGUUAGCGGCACUUUCGUCGACGCCGUCAUCGCUUCCGCCGGAGAAACUCGCCUCCGGUUUGUCCACCUCCCACCCACUGAUCCUUCUCCCGAGUGGAGCUCCAGAACUCGAGGCCACUUCGUCUAUAGGCUUGUACAGAGCCAGAGAAAUCACCUCAGAGAUUUUUUGUCCGAAUAUCCCGGGAUUGUCGGGGUGGUUGUUGAUAUGUUAGUUACGCCGUUUAUGGAUGUGGCCGGGGAUUUCGGGAUUCCGGCCUACGUGUUCUUCACCUCGGGAGUUGCGUUUCUAGGGCUUAUGAUUCACUUCCAGAUUGUUCAGGACGAGGAGGGGGAAGACGUGACUGAGUUCGCGAACUCGUUGACCGAGUUGUCGUUUCCGAGUUAUGAUAACUCAGUCCCAGCUUCGGUGUUGCCGACGGUGCUUGUCGACAAGGAGACCUGGCUGGGCAGAUUUGUCGUCUUCGCUCGUGACUUCAGAAAAGCAAAGGGUAUUAUAGUCAAUAGCUUCGCCGGCUUGGAAUCCCACGCCAUAACUGCCUACAACAGCACCACUACCGUACUUCCUCCGCUCCACACUGUGGGACCCAUCGUGAACCAGACACGCACGCUCUCCGGCGCGUCAAACUGGGAUUGGCUUAUGAGCUGGCUCGACGACCAGCCGCCGGAAUCCGUCGUGUUCGUAUGCUUCGGGAGCCAGGGGAGCCUACCGGAGAAUCAAGUGAGAGAAAUCGCCCGCGGGCUGGAACGCAGCCGGUAUCGCUUCCUCUGGUCCCUCCGGCGGCCACCGCAACGAGAUAGCGAGAACAACAAGGCGCAGUUUCCGGGAGAAUACUCGGAUUACAACGACAUCCUACCGGACGGAUUUCUCCACCGGACAGCGGGGACAGGGAAGGUGGCGGGGUGGGUCCCGCAGCUGGAGAUACUGUCACACAGAGCCGUGGGCGGCUUCGUAUCACACUGCGGAUGGAACUCGAUUCUAGAAAGCAUAUGGUGCGGAGUGCCGAUCGCGACUUGGCCGGUGCACUCAGAGCAGCAGGUGAACGCUUUCCAGAUGGUGAGAGAGUUGGGGAUGGCCGUGGAAAUAAGCUUGGACUACUGCGAGAGAAGCGUUAAUGGCAGACGUGCCGGCGAAAUGGUGACGGCGGCGAGGAUAGAGAGAGGGAUAAAGGGAGUGAUGGAGAAGGAGAGUGAGGUGAGGAAGAAGGUGAAGAAGAUGCAAGAAGAAAGCCGGAGGGCCUGUGAAGAUGGAUCUUCCAUCUCCACUCUCAUAGCUCAAUUCACCAACACACUUCACAAUGGUUGAUCAAGAGUUCACUUCUUUCUCAACAUAUGGAAAAUGCUUCUUUUUAGCUUUUAGAAUAUUAUCUUUAUAUUGCUGUUCCAGGGGCUAAUUGGUGACUAGGGAAUUGUUGGAUGAAGGUACAUGAACGGUCAACUUUCAUUACCUGCCUCUAAAACAUGUGGUCGUGGUCUUCCUCAAAAUAGGUUCGAACUCACUCCUCUCAUAUUGCAACCGAGUGCCACUAGAUCAUAAGAGGCAAUUUAUAUCGUAGACCAUUGUGCACCCCGUACCAAAAUGAGUUCUGUGUAUUCAACGUAAUCGUUCUUUGUAUUCUAGACAAUCAUUCUGUGUAUUCUAGGCAACCGUUCUAUGUAUUCAUGUUAGUAACACAUGUUGUGAUGUGUUUGUGCAUUCGAAUGUUAGGCAGGAUGAGUUCUGUGUAUUUUGUGUCAA